AGGUUACGGUUUUAAAUACACAGCAGUGUAAACACGUGGUGACAAAUAAAAAUAAUUAUUAUCAAAAUAACUAAAUAGUUUUUUAAAAAAUGUUACGAAGACAAGCGCGUUUGAGACGUGAGUAUCUCUACCGAAAAUCAAAAGAAGACAAAAUCAAAACAAUUCAAGAAAAAAAAGAUAAACUCAAAAAAAGUUUAGAAAAUAAUAUACCGAUACAUCCUGAUCUGAGAAAAGAUGCUCUGUAUCUCCAGCGUAAAUUGGAUUGGGAAGAUGCGGGUCCAGAAAUGGCAGUCGCCUUGGGAACAGAAAUGGGAGGAACAACUGGAACCCAUGAAGAUGACGAGUAUCGUUGGGCUGGUGUAGAAGAUCCUAAAAUAGUCGUGACAACUUCCCGUGAUCCAAGCUCACGACUCAAGAUGUUUGCCAAGGAAAUACGUCUAAUUUUUCCAAACUCACAGAGACUGAAUCGUGGUAAUGCUGAAAUGAAGCAAUUGAUUGACGCCUGUCGUGCUAACGAGGUCACUGAUUUUAUUGUCGUCCACGAGCAUCGUGGUAAUCCAGACACUCUUAUAAUCUGUCACUUACCCUAUGGUCCAACCGCUUACUUCAACAUGUCCAACGUGGUAAUGCGACAUGACAUUCCAGACAUUGGUACCAUGUCCGAACAGUAUCCUCAUUUAAUAUUCCAUAAUUUAAAAACACCACUCGGUGUCAGGACAAUGAACAUAUUGAAACAUUUAUUCCCAGUACCUAAAGAAGAUAGCAAACGUGUAAUAACUUUUGCAAAUCACGAUGAUCACAUAUCAUUCCGUCAUUAUACUUACAAAAAAUCUGGCGGACAAGAUGUUGAAAUGACUGAAGUUGGUCCCAGAUUUACUCUAAAGUUGUAUCAAAUAAAACUGGGUACUCUCGAUGCCGUUGGUGCUGCUGAUACCGAAUGGGCUUUAAGGCCAUACAUGAACACCAGUCACAAGCGACGAUUUUUAUCCAACGAUGAUGGCUGGCACCAAGAAGAUGACUUUUAAAUAAUCAAUCUUAUGUAAAAUUAUGUUUUUUUUUCUUAAAUAAUAAUAUGAAAUGAAAUAUUAAUAAAAUAAACAAUUUUC